AUGUGUCCUAGGUCAAUUCCUUUACCGCUGACGGAUCUCGUUACCACGAGUACACAAUCAAUAUCCGAGCCCAUCGAUCAAUUCGAGCUACGUACCUUGGGAUUCCUGGCCAGCAAGCCACCGACCCAUUUACAAUUAUUGCCCCAUGUGUAUGUGGGCUUGGCCAUGAUUUGGUCGAAGGCAAUGUCUACUCACUUCAGGGUGACGUCACGGUUGCUCGUCACCGUUCGCGGUGCCUUGAUUGACAUCCAUGAAUUUUGGGAUGAACGCUUUUCAGUCGUUUCACAUGUUCAACUCCAUGUGAAGGUUUUCUUGACAGGCGCUCCGUUUGCAGUUCCCGUUAGGGCCAUGCUGAAGCCAAUUGACUUACCCGAAAAUCUUACCCGCGGAUUCUACGUUGGUCAAUCCGUUCAAUUCCAAGGAUAUCUCGAUUCAAGCAAGCCGCAAGACGGGCCGAUAUUUGUUGAGCUGAUGACAAAUGAGAUAGCUCUCCCCAAGGAUCUGUCCCGCAGAAGCCCAAAACUAACACUCUUUGAAGGCGCCGCCGUCAACGUCGUGUAUACAAACUUUCAAGAACUGCGCAAUUGUUCUCGCCGCGACGCAGCUCUCUACAUGGCCAAAAGGGCGCUAUUCAGCUCGACACCAAAAACCAUCAGGAAACUGAACAUGGUCAUUGGCAAACGCCACCCCGCGAACGAAGUAACACUAUCCGCAGUCGAGCUACGUGAUAUUCCCGGCUUCGCCAUGAGGACUACUUGUCCGGUUUCUUCGGUUACGUCGAUGGAUCGGCCGGACCUCCAUAUAACUCUGAAGAUUGGCGCUCCAGUUCGAUUGACCAAAGACCUCUGUUUAGCCGGGCACCAAAGUUCAUUCAGCAAUUUCACACGCGGGGCAAGGUUCGUUGUUCGGGGAGUCGAUAAUGAUCACCUUGCAGUAGUCUCUAUUGCAAACGGAGGCAUUCAUUGCGAAGUUAUGAUCAAGAGAAUCAUGAAUUUUUGUGUGGAUCCCCGUCAACCGGCCAAUGUAUUUCUGCGCUACCAAUUUCCCGUCGUCUUAGCCUACGCAAGCCAAAUCGACUGGAUUUCCACCGAACAGCUUCCCAUCUCUACUACAACUCUGCAAUAG